ACUUGUUGAUGCCUUCUGGUUGGGAAACUCUCCUCUUUAUACCCGAUCCAGUCCAAUCGAAACUGUGGGCCGUGCUGCCCGAUAAGAUAAGAAAGCCGUGUGCAGUUCGAUUGGCGUGCGCAAAAACAUAGUUCCUUUUGUGCCCGGCGAUGAUAAAGCGAUUUGCAAUCGCCCUGAUAACGAGAAUCGAAUUGGUGGUGCGCCAAGCAGAGGGAGCACUAUAAGAACGCUGGACCUCCAGGCGACAAUCAUCAAACAGUGAAUCGGGUUUAUUUUAAUAUAAACAAAAAACAAAAUAAAAAUCACAUAAUGGGUUGCAAGGCUUGUGGAACAAACUGCCAGUGCUCCGCUACCAAGUGCGGCGACAACUGCGCCUUCAGCCAGCAGUGCCAGUGCUCCUGCAAGAACGGACCCAAAGCCAAGUGCUGCUCCACCAAGAUAUCCAAUUAGAUAAAAGAACCCUUCUCAAGCUCAUCUGUGUGAUAUACAUAUAACCCGUCGGCAUGGAAUCAAAAUAAAUACACAAUCACUUCAAACUAAUGUUUAAAAUCAAAUCUUUAUUGGCCAUUUUGACAAGAAUAGUUUCCCACUUUAGCUUUAGAAACUGCACACCCAAUUAGCGUUUGAAAUUACAUUUAAAACACUUACACCAUGUACACAUUUAGUUCAAGUACACCGUGAGUACAGGACAAUCAAAUAGUAUCCAAAUAUCAACAUUGUUUUUGGAAAGCGUCUCUCGUGUGUAUUUGUGUGUAUCUGUGUGUUAUGUGGUGUUUGUUUAGAGUUUUUUGGGAAUGUGUGUGUGCAAUAGCUUUCAUAAUGAAACAUUAAAAUUUUACGUACACAUUAUUACAUAUUGUUUUGCAAAUUGUGAGUACACAGAAGGAAAUCCGCUCUCGUUCACAUAUAAGUGGUUUAUGUUUAUUGAAUUGUAUAUUUAUUUGGGGUGUACUUAAGUCUUAUAAAAUUCUUAAUGUUCGCGUACAAAGCUAAGUGUAGUAUUGUGUUAUUGUUGUUGGUUACAUACAUAAAUGAUUAUGUUUAUGAUCUCUCAUACAAACGUAAUAUGGUCCUCGUGUCUCUAAUAGCUGACUAAAAAGGCAAUUGCAUGUGGCGCAUUUGAAAUGCAUUGCAAACUCUGCCCAGAUGACUCAAACAAACAAGUUAAAAAAAAUAUACAUUGAUUAGUUUAAAUUUUUGCGCAUUUUCAGCAUUGGAAGCCAAUAAAGGAGGGGUUACAUAAAGCAAUUCAAUGUUACUUAGAUUAUAACUAAAA